GUGGGCGCGCGCUGUGAGGCAGCGCGCCUCCCGUCACUCAGGGCGCAGCGAAGUUUCAGGUGCGGCGUCCGGUCAGGUGGCCAGAGCUGGGAGGAUGAUGGUAUUGGUGAAUCCUCUUAGUGGGCGGGGCCAGGCGAUGAGCCUGUAUGCCGGCCCAGUGCAGCGCCUGCUCACAGAUGCUGCUGUUCCUCACGCACUCAUCGUGACAGAGCAUCAAAACCACGCACGUGAACUGGUGCGCAGUGCUGACCUAUCAGAGUGCAGCGCCUUGGUCAUUCUGUCAGGGGAUGGACUGCUGUUUGAGGUGAUCAAUGGUUUGAUGGAGAGAGAAGACUGGGAGCAGGCUAUUCUCACCCCACUGGCCAUCCUGCCUGGAGGCUCAGGGAACGCACUGGCUGCCUCUGUGCACUAUUACACACAAGCGGACCCAGUGUGGGGUGUGGAACUGCUACUCAGCUGUGGUUUCCUGCUGUGUAAGGGUCUGGUGCGUCCCCUCGACGUCCUCUCCCUCCGCCUGUCCUCUGGCCUGCGUCUCUUCUCAUUUCUCUCCAUCGCCUGGGGCUUCAUUGCCGACGUGGACAUUGAGAGCGAAAGGUACCGCUACAUGGGCGCCGUGCGCUUCGUGGUGGGCGCUCUGAUCCGCCUGGCUUCCUUCCGCACGUACCAGGGUCGUCUGGCCUUCCUCCCGACCCCGGGGGACAGCAGUACCCUCUCCCUCCCCAGACCACACCCGGAGGAGCACGGCCCUCCCGACGACCUCCUCGCGCCUCUGGGCGAGCCCGUGCCGGCCGACUGGACCGUGGUGGAGGAGCAGGACUUCGUGCUGGUUCUGGCCACGAGCCACUCCCACCUGGCCGAGGACCUGGUGGCGGCGCCAAGCGCCGGGCCUGCCGACGGCCACAUCCACCUGCUCUACGUGAGGGCGGGCGUUUCUCGGGUCGCCCUGCUGAAGCUCUUCGUUGCCAUGGAGAAAGGUACGCACCUGGCCUGCGAGUGCCCGCACCUGGUGUACCGGCGGGUGCGCGCCCUGCGCCUGGAGCCCGCCACCUCACCCGGGGUCAUCACCGUGGACGGGGAACAGGCAGAGUACGGACCCCUCCAGGCGCAGGUGCACAGGGGAUAUGCUAGACUCAUCUCGGGUUGACCUCUGCUGAGGCCCGGCGCACAAGGAGAAGCCGUAAAGUAGGAUGGGAGACUCUGUCUUACUGUCUGAGAAGUCAAAUGUUCGACUACGUCACCGUGACAAGGUUCAAGCAUACGUCACAGACCAACGUGGACUGCUCAGUUUAUAUGGGUGUGAGUGUGUGUGUGUGUGUGUCUUAUCUCAUUGGCCACGUAUCAGCUCUGCACGGGUCCAGCCCUGACACUCUGGUGCCAAACUUCCUCCCAGUGGAGAUAUUUUAGUCCGUCGUUAUUUUUCUACUAAGAAGAGAGUUUACAGUGUUUCUAUCUGACUUCUUCUCUCCCUUUCCAGUUUCUGGUUUCAUCUCUUGUAGCUGGGUGGAUAAUACCCAAGAGUGUGUUUGUGGAGGGGGAUCUUACAAACAUGGCUUAUAGGAGUGCAUUAUGCACUCUGCACUCUGAGUGCACUCUGAGCUGUCAGAGUGAA